AUGUCUUAUAACGAUCAGAACAUGAAUCCUGAUCAGGAUCCGUACCAGGAUCCAAAUAAUGGCUACUACCAAGAUCCAAAUCAGGUACCUCAGCCACAAGCUUACGAUGAAUACGGUCAACCGAUCUAUCCAUCUAACGAGGGCUACUAUGAUCAAUAUGCUCAAGGUCAAGCUCCUUUGCCCGACGGUCAAAAUCCAAAUGAAUCAUAUGAUCAAUAUUACGCUCAACCACCAAACUUCCAACAAGACGGUGAAAAUUUCUCCGAUUUUAGUAGCUAUGGUCCUCCGGGCACUCCAGGUUAUGAUAGCCAAUACACUCCUUCUCAAAUAAGUUAUGGUGAACCAAGCUCUUCAGGGGCUUCUACUCCAGUGUAUGGUAACUACGAUCCAAAUGCCAUCGCUAUGGCCUUGCCUAACGAUCCUUAUCCUGCAUGGACUGCUGAUAGUCAAUCUCCUGCUACCAUUGAACAAAUUGAAGAUGUCUUUAUUGAUUUGACUAACAGAUUUGGGUUCCAAAGAGAUUCUAUGAGAAACAUGUUUGAUCAUUUCAUGACCCUUUUGGACUCCAGAGCAUCAAGAAUGUCUCCCGAUCAAGCUUUAUUGUCAUUGCAUGCUGAUUAUAUCGGUGGUGACACUGCUAAUUAUAAGAAAUGGUACUUUGCCGCUCAAUUAGAUAUGGAUGAUGAAGUGGGAUUCAGAAAUAUGAAUUUCGGUAAGUUAUCAAGAAAGGCCAAGAAGGCUAAGAAGAAGAAUAAGAAGGCCAUGGAAGAAGCUGAUCCUGAAGAUACUGAAGCUACAUUAAACAAAAUUGAAGGUGAUACUUCUUUGGAAGCUGCUGAUUUCAGAUGGAAGGCCAAGAUGAACGCUUUGUCUCCAUUGGAAAGAGUUCGUCAUAUUGCUCUAUAUUUGCUAUGUUGGGGUGAAGCUAACCAAGUUAGAUUCACUGCUGAAUGUUUGUGUUUCAUUUACAAGUGUGCACUUGACUAUUUAGAUUCUCCAGCAUGCCAACAACGUAUGGAACCAAUGCCAGAAGGUGAUUAUUUGAACAGAGUUAUCACUCCACUAUAUCGCUUCUUAAGAAACCAAGUCUACGAAGUUUCUGAAGGUCGUUACGUGAAACGUGAAAGAGAUCAUGAUGAAGUUAUCGGUUACGAUGAUGUUAACCAACUGUUCUGGUACCCAGAAGGUAUUGCUAAGAUCGUCUUUGAAGAUGAAACUAAACUGAUCGAAGUCCCAACUGAAGAACGUUAUCUAAAAUUAGGUGAUGUUGUGUGGGAUGAUGUCUUCUUCAAGACUUAUAAGGAAUCUCGUUCUUGGUUCCAUAUGAUUACUAAUUUCAACCGUAUUUGGAUUAUGCAUGUUUCCAUUUACUGGAUGUAUGUUGCUUACAGUGCUCCAGCAUUAUACACGCAUAACUAUCAACAAACAUUAAACAAUCAGCCUCUAGCUGCUUAUAGAUGGGCUACUGCUGCUUUAGGUGGUAGUGUUGCAUGUUUAAUCCAACUUAUCGCUACUAUCUGUGAAUGGUCAUUUGUUCCAAGAAAAUGGGCAGGUGCUCAACAUCUAUCUCGUCGUUUCUGGUUCUUAUGUGGUAUCUUUGCCAUUAACUUGGGUCCAAUCAUCUUUGUCUUUGCAUAUGAUAAAGAUACCGUGUAUUCUACUGCUACUCACGUCGUCGCCGCAGUUAUGUUUUUCGUUGCUGUCGCCACUGUUAUUUUCUUCUCUAUCAUGCCAUUAGGUGGGUUAUUUACUCCUUAUUUGAAGAAAAAUACAAGGCGUUACGUUGCUUCUCAAACUUUCACCGCUUCUUUUGCUCCAUUACACGGUAUUGACAUGUGGAUGUCUUACUUUGUUUGGUUUACCGUUUUUGCCGCCAAAUAUUCCGAAUCUUACUACUUUUUGAUUUUGUCUCUAAGAGAUCCUCUUAGAAUUUUGGCUACUACAACUAUGAGAUGUACUGGUGAAUAUUGGUGGGGUGCAAAGAUCUGUAAGCAUCAAGCCAGAAUUUCUUUAGGUUUAAUGGUCGCUACAGAUUUUAUUUUAUUCUUCUUGGAUACUUAUCUAUGGUACAUCUUAGUCAACACUGUGUUUUCCGUUGGUAAAUCUUUCUACUUGGGUAUCUCUAUCUUGACUCCAUGGAGAAAUAUCUUUACUAGAUUGCCAAAGAGAAUUUAUUCUAAGAUUUUGGCUACAACUGAUAUGGAAAUUAAGUAUAAGCCUAAGGUUCUAAUUUCUCAAGUCUGGAAUGCUAUUGUUAUCUCCAUGUACAGAGAACAUCUAUUGGCUAUUGAUCAUGUUCAAAGAUUAUUAUACCAUCAAGUUCCAUCUGAAAUUGAAGGUAAGAGAACUUUGAGAGCUCCAACUUUCUUCGUUUCCCAGGAUGAUAAUAAUUUCGAAACUGAAUAUUUCCCAAGAAACUCCGAAGCUGAACGUCGUAUUUCUUUCUUUGCUCAAUCAUUGUCUACUCCAAUUCCAGAACCAUUACCUGUUGAUAACAUGCCAACUUUUACUGUUUUGACACCUCAUUACGCUGAAAGAAUCUUAUUGUCUUUGAGAGAAAUUAUUCGUGAAGAUGAUCAAUUUUCAAGAGUUACUUUGUUAGAAUAUUUGAAACAAUUACAUCCUGUCGAAUGGGAUUGUUUUGUUAAGGAUACUAAGAUCUUAGCUGAAGAAACUGCCGCCUACGAAGGGAAUGAAGACGAUGGUGAAAAGGAUGGUGGUUUGAAAGCUCAAAUUGAUGAUCUACCUUUCUACUGUAUUGGUUUCAAGUCUGCUGCCCCAGAAUAUACUUUACGUACCCGUAUUUGGGCUUCUUUGAGAUUCCAAACACUUUACCGUACUGUUUCUGGUUUCAUGAACUACUCUAGAGCUAUUAAAUUGUUAUACCGUGUUGAAAAUCCAGAAAUUGUUCAAAUGUUUGGUGGUAAUGCCGAAGGUUUAGAAAAGGAAUUAGAAAAAAUGGCUAGAAGAAAGUUUAAAUUCUUGGUUUCCAUGCAAAGAUUGGCUAAGUUCAAGCCUCAUGAAUUGGAAAAUGCUGAAUUCUUACUAAGAGCUUAUCCUGAUUUACAAAUUGCUUACUUGGAUGAAGAACCUCCAUUAAAUGAAGGUGAAGAACCAAGAAUUUAUUCCGCUUUAAUCGAUGGUCAUUGUGAAAUUCUAGAAAAUGGUCGUAGACGUCCUAAAUUUAGAGUUCAAUUAUCUGGUAAUCCAAUUUUAGGUGAUGGUAAAUCUGAUAAUCAAAAUCAUGCUUUAAUUUUUUACAGAGGUGAAUAUAUCCAAUUGAUUGAUGCCAAUCAAGAUAACUACUUAGAAGAAUGUUUGAAGAUUAGAUCUGUUUUGGCUGAAUUUGAAGAAUUGAAUGUUGAACAAGUUAAUCCAUACGCUCCAGAUUUGAAAUACGAAGAACAAGUCACAAAUCACCCAGUUGCCAUUGUUGGUGCAAGAGAAUAUAUUUUCUCAGAAAAUUCUGGUGUCCUUGGUGAUGUUGCUGCAGGUAAAGAACAAACUUUUGGUACGUUAUUUGCUCGUACUUUGUCUCAAAUUGGUGGUAAAUUACAUUAUGGUCAUCCGGAUUUUAUCAAUGCAACUUACAUGACUACUAGAGGUGGUGUUUCCAAGGCUCAAAAGGGUUUACAUUUGAAUGAAGAUAUUUACGCUGGUAUGAACGCGUUAUUACGUGGUGGUCGUAUAAAGCAUUGUGAAUAUUACCAAUGUGGUAAGGGUAGAGAUUUAGGUUUUGGUACCAUUUUGAAUUUCACAACAAAGAUUGGUGCCGGUAUGGGUGAACAAAUGUUAUCUCGUGAAUAUUAUUACUUAGGUACUCAAUUACCAAUUGACCGUUUCUUAACUUUCUACUAUGCGCAUCCAGGUUUCCAUUUGAAUAAUUUAUUCAUUCAAUUAUCGUUACAAAUGUUUAUGUUGACUUUGGUUAAUUUACACGCCUUGGCACAUGAAUCCAUUAUCUGUAUUUAUGAUAGAAAUAAGCCAAUUACCGAUCCAUUGUUCCCUAUUGGUUGUUACAAUCUAGAACCUUGUAUUGAUUGGGUUAGACGUUAUACGUUAUCUAUCUUCAUCGUCUUCUUCAUUGCGUUUGUUCCUAUUGUUGUCCAAGAAUUAAUCGAACGUGGUAUCUGGAAGGCAACUCAGAGAUUCUUCCGUCAUGUCUUAUCUUUGUCCCCAAUGUUUGAAGUGUUUGCUGGUCAAAUUUACUCCUCAGCUCUAUUAAGUGAUUUAACUGUGGGUGGUGCUCGUUAUAUUUCUACUGGUCGUGGUUUUGCAACAGCACGUAUUCCUUUCUCUAUUCUAUACUCCAGAUUUGCAGGUUCAGCUAUCUACAUGGGUUCAAGAUCGAUGCUUAUGUUAUUCUUUGGUACAGUUGCUCAUUGGAAUGCCGCACUACUAUGGUUCUGGGCAUCCUUGUCAUCUCUAUUAUUCUCACCAUUUAUCUUCAACCCACAUCAAUUCUCAUGGCAGGAUUUCUUCCUAGAUUACAGAGAUUUUAUCAGAUGGUUAUCUAGGGGUAAUAAUAAGUACCAUAAGAAUUCUUGGAUUGGCUACGUUAGAAUGUCAAGAUCAAGAAUUACAGGUUUCAAGCACAAGGUUAUUGGUGACGAAUCUGAAAAGUCUGCUGGUGAUGCCAGUAGAGCACGUAGAAUGAAUGUUAUCUUUGCUGAAGUUGUUCCUUGUGCCAUCUAUGCCGCAGGGUGUUUCAUUGCCUUUACCUUUAUCAAUGCCCAAACUGGUGUCAGAACUGGUCCAGAUGAUACUGUGAACUCUGUUUUGCGUAUCAUUAUUUGUACAUGUGCACCAAUCGGUGUCGAUGUUGGUGUUUUGUUCUUCUGUAUGGGUUUGUCAUGUUGUUCUGGUCCAUUAUUCGGUAUGUGUUGUAAAAAGACUGGUUCUGUUAUGGCCGGUAUUGCACAUGGUGUUGCUGUUGUCGUCCACAUUGUCUUCUUUAUUGUUAUGUGGGUUUUGGAAGGUUUCAAUUUCGCUAGAAUGCUACUUGGUGUUAUUACCUGUAUUCAAUGCCAAAGAUUCGUUUUCCAUUUGAUGACAGUUUUCAUGUUGACUCGUGAAUUCAAGAAUGAUCAUUCUAACACUGCUUUCUGGACUGGUAAGUGGUAUGGUAAGGGACUAGGUUGGAUGGCAUGGACUCAACCAUCAAGAGAAUUAACUGCCAAGGUUAUUGAACUAUCUGAGUUUGCUGCUGAUUUCGUGUUGGGCCAUAUUAUCUUACUCUGCCAAUUGCCAUUCUUACUGAUCCCAGGUGUUGAUAAAUUCCACUCUAUGAUGUUAUUCUGGUUAAAACCUUCUCGUCAAAUCCGUCCACCAAUUUAUUCAUUGAAGCAAAGUCGUCUGCGUCAACGUAUGGUAAAGAAAUACUGCAGUCUUUACUUUUUAAUUUUGGUUAUUUUCGCUGCAUGUAUCAUUGGCCCAGCUGUUGCUUCUGCUCAUGUUCCUAAAGUGAUUGGUGGCUCUCUAACAGGUGUUGCCCAUAAUCUUUUCCAACCAAGAAAUCUAAGUAAUAACGAUACUGGUUACAGUAUGUCGACAUAUUCAGGACAUUAUUAUACAGUUACUCCUACCUUAAAGACUUGGUCUACGAUAAAAUGA